UCUUUAGACUACUGCCGAGCGAUGCUCGUUGCCUCACUCGCCCACGCCCCCAAAUUGACCGCAGUUCUAAACGUUCGUCACCUGGUUCUGUCGCUUACGCGAAGCUGGCAAGAAACUGAUCGAUCCAAGGGCGACGAGCGUAUACUGUCACAGUCUUCAGACGCAGAUCCAGAACAAUUAUGGUUGCGAGCCGGUGCAUUGGUGAAUGAGUCAUCUACAGAUCAUGUACAUUUGCUAUUGCAAAGGCCAGUUGAUCUUUGGACUGAAUUGUUUUGUGGUCCAUUCCUCAAUCGUAUCACGCUCACCUUGAUGUCGAAAUCCGCUGAUACCCGUUAUAGCACCAUGCUGAUUCCGGUCGAAUUGGGUUCAUCACGCUGA